GCUAAAAUGACAAGUAAAAAAAAAUGUCUUGUUUUGUUGAAUUCUGCUGCUAGCAAGCAUUUUAACUAAUUGCCUGUAAUGAAGCAAUUUGCCAGUGGCUGACUGGUUUCAGUGGUUGAGUUUUGGUCUCCAUGACAACCAGCUGUCUGUAAUUAGUAAAUCAAGCCAGGCUGAGGUUUUUUUGGGGGGCUACGCCAGAGUGGCUGGAAAAAGAGUCAAGAGUGGCAAGUGUUUCAGUAAUUGCCUUGUCAUGAAGUUCAUGCUGACUUAACUGCAGGGAUGUGUGCGCCUCUGGUGGUUUUUCUCAGCGCCACUGUGCUUCACUCGGUGUCGGCUGGAGGUGUGUAUUGUGCUGAAACAGCGAGAGCCCGCGCCGCCGCCUUGGGUUUGGAAUAUCCUGGAGUCCAUGGGGCCCCUGAUCUUCAUACAGCAGCCCACCAUGUGAUGAUGCACCCCGGCACAGUGCCGUCAGAACCUCGGCCUUAUGAAAACAAUGAUCCUGAAUUGGGUGCGACUGAGUCUAACAUGGCCUCCUACGAACAAAAUCAGCCAGGACUGAGAUCCUUACAUGACGGGGCACAAGCUCACACCAGAAGUUCUGAAACCACGUUCCUACUGAGCAGUGGCACUUACCUACCAGUUCAAAGUGAGUACAGCAUCAACCAAGAGCUCAGCUUCCCCAGAGAACACUCAGCCAGUGACCACAAGUCUGAUUUUUUUGAGGAGGUCAAGCAUGCUGCCCCAUCCACAUGGGUUGAGGCCCCAGGCUGGUCUGACCUUGUGAAUUGGAAUCCUCAAGGUCGCAGGAAGCCACUCUCAUUUGUCUACAAUAAGCUUGACCUUGCUGUUGAUGAGUCUGUCCCAAAUAGACGUGGCAUGUCCCUGAGUGGACUCCCCCUGCCCCAAAGCAGGGGUCACGGCACUUACCAGAGGGGUCUAACUGGAUUUGGCCUGCGAAGAGAAGUUCCUGUCCUUGCUUCAUCUCGCUUCCACAACAAAGGCCAUGUCAGAGCGAUGACUGGCCGAAGUCCUGUGUUUGGUAGACGGGAAAGGAUUGGGCUCCCUGACCAUCUUGCUCAGUCCCUGCGCAGAAACCUCAAUGUCAAACCGUUUGUUAAAGGUAACCCUGUUCUCAGACGUCUGAUGAAAACGAAAAUCGGACAGAAUAAGUCAUUGAACUAAAGGGUCUGACACAGAGCUCAACUGUCUUGUCAAAUAGUGUCCCUGUGAGGAGUUAUUAAAGUUAAGCAGUUUGUGAAGGAAAACAAUAUGAUUUUUGGUCUGGUUUUCUCCAACUUUCACUGAAUGCAGCAAUGUUUAACUUAUCUGUGUACAAGCCUCUGCAUUGUUGUUGAGCUCUUAAACAAGACGCAUCAUAUGUGCCUCAUUGAAUAUAAAAUGUACAAAUGGUGAUAAUGCUCAGUGUUUCUCCUUUUUUCUUUUUCUUUUUCUUUUUUUUUUUUUUUUUUUUUUUUUAACCCCACCUCACCAUAAAUGUCUCACGGAGGGCUGGGUGUUACCAGAGUGCCAUCUGUUGGUUUGAGUGGGUACAUAUCGUAUUGGCUCACAGUGUUUGUACACAGGUGCUGCUUAACAGAAGGUCAGCCUUUGACAAAUCCUAUAAUCUGUUUACAAUCUGUUGUAUGCAAGUACUACUACUGGUUAUGUAAAUUUCUCCAAAUAGCCAUGGUCUUUUAGUGACGGCAUGUUUCAAUUGUGUUCUGGCAUUUUUAAUA